AGAUGCUGCCUGGCCUGCUGCGUUCACCAGCGACUUUGAUGUGUGUUGCUUGAAUUUCCAGCAUCUGCAGAACUCCUCAUGUUUAUGUUUUUAAAUAUAUUAUAUCAACAUGAUGAAACAUAGAAUAAUAUUGUAGUCAACUUUGAAACACGCCCUGUUUUGCAAAAAAAAACUGAUAACAGAUAAUUUUCUUCAUAUCAAUUAUUUACUUAUUUUCCUCUCACUGUGUGGUGCAGUGCCACAAAUAUAGCAAGCUACUUGUUAUUUCAAACAUUUCAAUAGCUAAUGACUCAUCGUGCAGUUUCUACUGUAACUACCUGCUCUUAAAGGAAUUGUAGCUCUUGACCAGGAGAUCUAUAUGCGUAAUGUUUCUGAAUAGAACUGGUAGGUUUGAUUAUUUGAUGUCAUUCCAAAUAUGUCUAUUAUUUGAAUUAGUAUAAUUUUUGAAAUAUAAUAUAUUUUAGAUCAAACACCGUACUUACAGUCUCAUAUGUCAUUGUUAGCCAGGCUUCAUUGCUCUUUAGUAUAAAUUUUGAUACUGGUUGAUUAUUGGAUAGCACAACUGAAAUAACUUUUCUUCACUUUGCAUGCAACACUUUGGAUGAAAAUGGCUGUUGCACAAAUGGUGUUAUAUACCCACCAUUUUGGCUCAUCAUGACGACAGAAAUUAACCUAAGUGCUGCCACAGGAAAUCCCCAUCCACAGCAGCCAAAUUCUGAACAGCAAGAGCCUCCCAAGUUUGACAAAGCAGGAAGUCAGCCAAAGGAGAAUCGGCUGUCAGUAGAAGUGGUAGACAAACAAACCGGUGGAGACCAGAACGCGCCAACAGCACCAGUCAACGGUGUUCCAGCCAACAAAGAGGAGGCAGAGAAGGAGCAGUCUUCCAGCAGCAAAGGGUUGUCACGCUUCUUGCCUGGCUGGUUUAAAAGACCCAAGUCUCAGAUUUCAGAAGAAGAAGGUGAUAAGGAGGCUGUAGCUUCAGCAACAACUGGCAUCGCAGCACCAGGGCAGCAACUGGAUUCGGCAGAACAAGCCGAAGGAAGUGAAGUAGUUGAGCAAGGGGCACCUAUCGCAGAUCAGGAGCUGGAUGAUAAUAUUGACGAAGAAGCAACCUUAGAUUUGCAUUCCAUUAGCAGUGCUGAAACUCAGCCAGCACAAGAAGAAAAAGAAGAACUUGGUCCAGAAACGGCUCCUGAGGUUAAGGAUGAAGUAAAGAUAGAUGUCCCUGAGGAGAAGGGUGAAAGUGCAGAACUGAAAACCAAUAAGGAUUUGAAAUCACCACCUAAGGUUGCCAAAAAAUCCAAAACCAUGCACUGUAAGGUGACUCUUUUGGAUGAAACUGAAUUUCAAUGUGAUGUUGAGAGACAUUCCAAGGGGCAUGAACUCUUCACUAAAGUGUGUCAACAUCUUAAUCUUCUGGAGAAGGACUACUUUGGACUGGCCUUUUGGGAUUCAACAAAUCAAAGAAGCUGGCUGGAUCUCACUAAAGAGAUUAAGAGGCAAAUGCAGGGCAGUCCAUGGGAUUUUUCUUUCAAUGUGAAGUUUUACCCUCCUGACCCUGCACAGUUGACCGAAGAUAUAACCAGAUAUUACUUGUGCCUUCAGUUGCGUCAGGACAUAAUUACUGGAUGUUUGCCUUGUUCAUUUGUUACUCUUGCCCUUUUGGGAUCAUAUACAGUUCAGUCAGAGCUGGGUGAAUAUGAUCCAGAGGUACAUGGAACAAAUUACGUCAGUGAGUUCAAGUUGGCUCCAAAUCAAACAAAAGAACUGGAAGAGAAAAUUAUGGAGCUUCAUAAGACCCACAGGGCUAUGACCCCAGCUCAAGCAGAUCUGCAGUUUUUGGAGAAUGCUAAAAAGCUCUCAAUGUAUGGUGUAGAUUUUCACCCUGCAAAGGACUUGGAAGGAGUAGACAUCAUGCUUGGGGUAUCUUCAGGUGGCCUCCUUGUGUACAAAGACAGACUCCGAAUAAAUCGUUUUGCCUGGCCUAAAGUUCUGAAGAUUUCAUACAAACGCAGCAGUUUCUUCAUUAAAAUUCGUCCAGGAGAGGAUCAGUGUGAAAGUACUAUUGGGUUUAAGCUGUCCAAUUACCGUGCUGCCAAAAAAUUGUGGAAAGUAUGUGUGGAAAAUCAUACCUUUUUCAGGCUAACGACUCCAGAAUCCUCGGCAAAAGCCAAGUUCCUGUCUCUAGGUUCCAAAUUCCGUUACAGUGGACGUACGCAGGCUCAGACCAGGGAAGCAAGCGCCCUGAUAGACAGACCAGCACCCCACUUUGAGCGCACUGCAAGCAAGCGGGCAUCAAGGAGUCUUGAUGGAGCUAAGCGUAAAUUUCCAAAAACUUCCAUUGCAUUACCAGUGGAUGAGGAUUCUGAGCUCAGACGUGUUGAAGCACCCAAACAGCAGCCAGCUGCAGUCGUAGUGACUCCUGACAGAAGUCCAAGGCCAAUUACCACUUCUGCACCAACAGUAUCUCAAAGUCAUUCAGUUGAAGUCAGUAGUCCACCCACAGCUGAGGCAGUGAGAGUGACUGAAUCAAAUGCAGUUGAAAAAGUGAGGGAUGAAAUCAAACAUGAAGAGCGACUGGUUGACGAAAGAUUGGAACCAGCCCAAGAAGUUAAGGCCCUUCCACAGCAAACUGAAAUCUCUGCAGUUCCUACUACAGUAAAUGAUCAAUUCCAGCAAAAACCUGAUGAAGAAGAAGGCGUCAAAAUGCGUAAGAAGAGAUCAAAGAAAAUUGAGGGUGAAAACAUUUAUGUCAGGCAUAGCAAUUUAAUGUUGGAGGAUCUAGACAAAACCCAGGAUGAAAUAAUGAAACAUCAUGCUAGUAUCAGUGAACUGAAGAGGAACUUUAUGGAGUCUGUACCUGAACCACGCCCCAGUGAAUGGGAUAAACGGCUUUCGGCACACUCACCUUUUAGGACCUUGAAUGUCAACGGGCAAGUUCCAGCUGGUGCAGAAGAACCUCCACUUGUGAAGACUCAAACUGUGACCAUUGCUGACAUGCCACAUUCUGAAAAUGAAAUUGCAACCAAUGAAGUUCCUGUUGUUCACACAGAAACGAAGACCAUCACCUAUGAAGCAGCCCAGACAGGUGAUUGUAAUAGUGAUGGUGAGCCCGGGCUGUUGAUGAGUGCUCAAACUAUCACAUCAGAGACUGUAUCCACCACUACAACCACACAGAUCACAAAGACUAUUAAAGGGGGAGUUUCAGAAACGAGAAUUGAGAAACGCAUUGUAAUCACAGGAGAUGCCAAUGUUGACCACGAUCAGGCCUUGGCUCAAGCCAUCAAAGAAGCCAAAGAGCAGCAUCCAGAUAUGUCAGUGACCAAAGUAGUUGUGCAUAAGGAGACAGAGAUAGCGGAGAAGGAAUAAAACCCAGAAGUAAAGAAAAUGCUGUGAGCAGAGCUUUCCAUAUCCUGGCUGUUCAUUUGAAAAAUUUUAUACUUUUUUUAAGGAUUUGGUCACUGCCAUUUGUGCUCACUUUGUAACUCUUCAAUAAUCACCAAGCCUUGUAUCUGGAACCAAGUUAGACAAAGGAUGAAGAGAUACCUAAUCCAAGGUGUAAUCCUGGACCUUUGCUUUUUUUAAUUACUUGGAAGCAUCCUAUUUGAUACAGUUUUAGAUUUUUACAUAUUUCAGUACUGAAAAACACAGGAAAAGAAACCGCUUUGUAUUCAUGGGGUGGGGAGAUGUUCCUCAGAGGCUGUUUUUACUUCAGAAGAUGACAAAGUUUUAGCUCUGAGGCUGAGAAAUGAAAUAUAUUGUAAAGAGUGGAGAGAAAUGAAAUUGCCGCAGAUUAAUCAUGAACCAUUUUAUACUGUGAAUGAAAGGAAAUGUGAAUAGUGGCGAACUUGACACAUAAAUUUCUCAAACAUUUUUGAAAAAGUAAUUUUUAUUGUUACUUAUCAGGAACCUUCUGGAUUUUGCUCCUAAAAGCUGUAAUAUCCUUUUUUCAGUCUGUUGAAUUCUCAGCCAGCUGGCAUUUCUUUUGUCUUUUCUAGAGGAGCUUAGAUUAAAAGUAGCUUAAAAUAAAAUUCAGUGCUUCAGGCUGAUGUUCAUGAAAUCUUUUAAUUUUUUUAUUUUUGAAGAAAACAACUUUGGUAAAAGGAUAUAACAGCUUUGCUAUUGUUUGGUAAUUAUACCAGAGCUCAAACACACAGGCAGAAAAGCAGUGACCUUUGUAGAAUUGUCAUCAUCAAGUUCUAAAUUAGGUAAUAUGAAGUAACUUAUUUAGAAUUGCUAUCUUAUUUAUAUUUCAGAUUUCUACUAUGCGAAAAAGAAUUCUCAGUGUGCAUUGCAUGGUCCUGACAGGACGAAUUUAUCCUUAAUAUGUUCUAGCACUGUUGGUCAUCUGUUCUGGUGUGUCAUAUUCCCCUCAAGUUGUAGUAAAGAAUAUCCAGCCUUGGCCUGUCGCUGGUAAAAUUCAUCAAAACAACUAUUGCGCUUGUAGCUUUUGCAAUUUUGAGGCACAGAAGUAACUUUUAGUAGUUUUAUUAAUCCAAAGGGGAAGAAAAUCUUAAUUUAUCAUGCACAUGAACAUAUUUUGUUAAAUAUUGAUCUGCAACCCACAUAUGAAGUAUUGGGGGAGGGGGGGAAGAGAAAUGUGCUUUUAAAUUUAUGACCCCAGUCCUAUGAAAAAUGGCACAGUACUUUGAAUUCCUUUUUUUUUAAAGAUGUGAGCCCUACUGAUUUGAAGGAAUUUUGUACAGUUUAUAUUGUAUAGAAUUAGCAACUCAAAAACUUUUACUCCAUUAGAUUUUACUUUUAGUACACAUAAUCAUGGAAAAUAAUAAAAAAACAUGGAGUCUUUGUAGAUAUUAAUUAGUGGGAAUAAUCUCACUUGUGGGGAUUCAGGCACGCCAUGAUCAAUAUCAAUAGGAGAUUUCAUUCGUAGCAUUUGGUAGAUGGAAGUGUUGAAAUGAAAUGAUCCUUCUGUGGCUUUUUGAAUACAAAUUUUAAAGAAAUAAAACUUUUUGAUCAUAAA